CAAAAAUACAACCGAGUCCACGCAGCACAUAGAAAAAGAGGGAAGAAGAAAUGCAUUACUGGGUUGAAGCUUCUUCUUCUGAUUUCAAUGGACCACUUCCUCAACCUCGCAGUGGUCACAGUUCUGUUAUCGUUGGAAAAUCCAAAGUUGUCAUCUUCGGUGGCCUCAUUGACAAGAAAUUGUUGAGUGACAUCGUUGUAUAUGAUAUGGAGAACAAGCUUUGGUUUCAACCAGAGUGCAGCGGAAGUGGGUCCGAUGGACAAGUAGGUCCCAGUCCCAGAGCAUUUCAUAUUGCUGUUUCAAUUGAUUGUCACAUGUUCAUCUUCGGUGGGCGUUCUGGUAGCAGAAGGAUGGGUGACUUUUGGGUUCUAGAUACUGAUAUCUGGCAAUGGUCAGAGCUGACCAGUUUUGGUGACCUGCCUUCGCCAAGGGAUUUUUCUGCAGCCUCGGCUAUUGGAAACCAGAAGAUCGUAAUGUAUGGCGGGUGGGAUGGCAAAAAGUGGUUGUCAGAUGUUUACCUCUUGGACACAAUUUCACUUGAGUGGACGGAGCUGUCAGUUACUGGAGCAUUGCCUCCACCUAGAUGUGGCCAUACAGCAACCAUGCUUGAGAAACGUUUACUUAUCUAUGGUGGCAGAGGUGGUGGUGGGCCGAUCAUGGGUGAUUUGUGGGCUCUGAAGGGUCUUAUUGAAGAAGAGAAUGAAACGCCUGGAUGGACCCAAUUGAAGCUUCCUGGUCAAGCUCCUUCUUCUCGUUGUGGCCACACAAUAACUUCUGGAGGGAACUAUCUGCUGCUGUUUGGUGGUCAUGGCACUGGUGGCUGGUUGAGUCGUUAUGACCUUUAUUACAAUGAUUGCGUUGUAUUAGACAGGGUCUCUGCACAAUGGAAAAGAUUACCUACUACCGGGGAUCCUCCUCCUGCUCGAGCAUACCACACCAUGACAUGCAUCGAUUCAAGACAUCUGUUGUUUGGAGGCUUUGAUGGGAAGUCAACAUUUGGUGAUCUAUGGUGGUUGGUUCCAGAAGGUGACCCUAUAGCAAAGCGGAUGGUUGUAUCUCCCCGAAAAACUCUUCCUGAAAGUAAUGAUUUUGGGAAGGCAAAAGGUAGUGUCCAGUCUGCAUACAAGGAAAGUCAAAGGGAAGAAUCUGCUGUGGCAGAACUACAAAAGAGGUUAGAAAUUUCAGUUUCACUCUCAAGUUCUGGGUUCCAAAUUGUAGAUGAGUUGGAAGAUAGAGAAUUUAUUGAACUUGCAUCUGGACUGGCGGGAGAUGGAGUUUCUACCAAUGAACAGAAAAUUCAGGCGCUUCGUGAUUACUGGAAGAAGUCUACGCCGAGGUCUAUACCACUGAAGGAGGUUGGACCCUUGCUUCGUGACUACCGACGUCUGAUUACUCGUCAUCAUCUGGAAAAAGGCGGAGCUGAUUUACAGUCCGUGGAGUCUGGUUUUCCUGAGAAAUAUGCCUAUCAGUUUUAUCACAUGAAAAAUGCUUCUCAGUUGCGGAUGGAUGAUAUACCGAAGCUGCUGGCGGAGUACAAACAGCUUUUGCCGGGUUGAGGAAUUGUUUAGGGAUCCUCUUUCAGGUGGGAAAUUGGUAUUUGUAUAUGACUAUGUGAACCAUUUCCAUCUCUUCUGUAAACAGAUUCUGAUAAUGUCGGCUGGUAAUGGAUAAUUAUUGUAUGAUAUUUACAUGCUAA